UUAAAGCUGAUAGGUGAGUUGAACAAUGAUGAUAAUAGAGAUCAUUGGUAAAUAUUAGUUGGUCAAAGAGAGUUAAUUUUUUAAAUGAGGUCAUCUAAAUAAACAAUCAAAGGAAAUUGGAGCUAAUUUCAUUACAGAGUCAACUGUUACUUGGGAUACUUUUCCUUUGUGAACAGUGUUGGUAACCCAGAAAUGAUAACCGGUGAGCGUUAACCAGCCUACUCAGUGAGCUUAACUUGUUUGUUUAAUAUAAAUUGAUCUCAUCUUGAUAAUAAUGUUACAUUCACCAUCGGUGUACAUUAGCCGCAAACAAUUUCCACCAUAAUUUUUAGCUGAAACAGUUCAAAGUUAGCCAUGAUGAUGGUGAAUGGUUUCCAACUGUUGCUUGUUUUGAUUCCCUUGUUUGGAUCCUUUAGUCAGUCACAGUGUUUUAUUGAAGAUGGUUACAAACGAUACAAUGAUUAUUCCGUCCUUCGAUUCAUUCCGACCAAUGUUGAACAAUUGAAAUUUCUUUAUGACUUGGCCCAUAAUGAGACUUUCCUAAUGGAGCGAGGUGUUGACUUCUGGACUGCACCAGGUAAUCUCAAUGCGUCUGUGGAUGUUAUGUUGUCUCCAGAAGCACGGUCUUCAUUGGCUCCUCUCUUCAAAUCAAACCUUCUGAAUCCAAGUGUGAUGAUUGACGAUGUUCAAAGACGUAUAGAUGCUGAGAACGAAAUUAAAGGAAGACAAAGUUUUCCAUUUCCAUUUGGCUUACGAGGAUCUCGACCAAAUACAAAACUAUUCUUUAACACCUAUCAACGCUAUGAUACGAUUAUGGCAAUGUUGGAUGAUAUGGCCAAGUCCAACGACAAGUUAAGACUUUCAGUUGAAGUUAUUGGAAAAUCUUUUGAAGGCCGUGAUCUGAAAAUAAUCAAGAUAAGUAACGGUGCAUCCAAUGGUAAACGUAAAAUCUGGAUUGAUGCUGGUCUUCAUGCUAGAGAAUGGAUUGGCCCAUCAACUGCUAUGUACUUUAUUAAUAAGUUGGUUACAUCAGCUGGUAAAGAUGAAGCUGUGGAUCAAAUUCUGAAUAAAUAUGACAUUGUUAUACUUCCGCUUGCCAAUCCGGAUGGUUAUGAAUACACUCAUACAACGAAUCGUAUGUGGCGUAAAACUAGAUCUCAAACCAAUAGUAGAUGGGGAUACAUUUGCCGUGGAACUGAUCCUAAUCGAAAUUGGUCUUAUAAGUGGGGAACUGGUGGAUCAAGUUCUAAUGCAUGCUCUGAUAUCUUCGCUGGUCCAAAACCAUUCUCCGAACCUGAAACCAAAGCUAUGUCUCAAUACAUCCUGAAAAAUGGACCCUGGGAUAUGUAUAUCAGCUUCCAUUCUUAUUCACAAUUGAUUCUCUUACCAUGGGGCUGGACAACUGAUUUACCCGAACAUUACAACGAAAUGUACCGAGUCGCCGAAAAGGCAGCCACAAAUUUAAAAUCUCUUUAUGGCACUACAUUCACUGUUGGAAGUGCUACUAAUCUUCUAUAUGUCGCCUCUGGUGGAUCUGAUGAUUGGGCCUAUGGUGAAGCUGGUAUCAAGUACUCUUAUACUUUUGAACUUCGAGAUACUGGUGAUCAUGGAUUUGUCUUACCUGAAGAGUUUAUAAAACCCACUGGUGAAGAAACUUUCUUGGCUUUCAAAACUAUGUGUGAUGAGAUAUAUCAGACGAGUUAGAAUGCAAUACAAACAUAAUUCAACUCAAGAAUGAUAUAGACUUGUAAAUAAAAUGACAAACAAACAGAUAAAUCAUUAAAAUAACCGUUAAAAUACACUAAA